CUGAUGGAAGCCUUCAGGCGGUAUACUCCCUUUGAUCCUACUUCUGAAGAGCAUAGCGCUUCAGUGGCCCUUGCUUUUAUCAGACAAUCAGCGCCCGACAUUAGGAAGAAGCUUCAGAGAUUAGAGGGCCUAUAAGAUUUAUCACUGAAAGAUUUAGUGAAAGAGGCUGAAAAAGUUUAUCACAAGAGGGAGACUGAGGAAGAGAAGGAGUUAAGGAAGGAGAAGGAAAGAGAAGGUAAAGAGGAAAAGAGGGGCAGGAAGCAUGAGAAAAAUUUAACAAGGAUCUUGGCUGCAGUAGUAGAAGGUAGGGGACGCCCACCCUCUAGUGGCAGAGCUAGCAAGGCAGGGUACCUGGGCAACAUUAGAGAAGGACCAAUGUGCAUACUGCAAGGAAAAGGGGCAUUUGGUGAAGGAAUGCCCUAAGAAGCCACCACGGGGACCUCUGAAGAAGGUGUUGUCUCUGCUAGAGGAUGAAGAUUAGGGAAGAUGGGGCUUGGAGCCCCUCCCCAAGCCCAGGGUAACCCUGAAGGUGGAGGGGCAACCCGUUGAGUUCCUGGUAGACACCGGUGCUCAACAUUCUGUACUGACUCAAGCUAGGGGCCCCCUCUCUGGCAAAAAGUCUUGGGUGAUCGGGGCUAUGGGCCAGAAACAAUAUGCGUGGACUACCCGAAGAACAGUAGACUUAGGAGUGGGACGAGUAAACCACUCAUUCCUUGUCAUACCGGAAUGCCCCACACCCCUGUUAGGAAGAGACAUAUUGACCAAAGUAGGAGCCCAAAUAUCCUUUCAAACCGAAGAAACUCAAGUGACUAAUCGAGAAAAGAAACCUUUGAGCCUAAGUAUCUUGACCAUAAGAUUAGAGGAUGAAUACUACCUUUUUAAGGAACCAGAACCCUCCCGAAUUGGUCAGGAGUGGCUUGACCAGUUCCCAGGGGCCUGGACAGAGAUGGUGGGUAUGGGGCUUGCUGUGAACCAGCCCCCUGUGGUCAUAGAAUUGAAAGCUUCAGCCUUACCAGUAACUGUGAGACAAUAUCCAAUGAGUAAAGAAGCCAGAGAUGGAAUUAGGCCCCAUAUCCAGAGGCUUAUAGAGCAGGGGAUAUUAGUAAAAUGUAAAUCCCCAUGGAACACUCCCUUGCUGCCCGUAAAGAAAGCGGGAACAGGGGAUUAUCGACCAGUGCAAGAUUUAAGAGAAGUUAAUAAGAGGGUACAGGACAUUCAUCCCACUGUGCCGAACCCUUAUAAUCUGCUAAGCUCCCUGGCCCCGGAAAACACCUGGUAUGCAGUCCUAGAUUUAAAAGACACUUUCUUUUGUCUGUGCCUGCACCAGAAUAGCCAACCGCUGUUUGCUUUUGAGUGGAAAGAUCCCUACACAGGAACUACUGGGCAAUUGACUUGGACUCGUCUGCCACAAGGAUUUAAGAAUUCGCCCACCCUCUUUGAUGAGGCUCUACACCAGGACUUGGCUUUUUACAGAGCCUCCAACCCACAGGGCAGGUUCACGAGUUUCUGGGGACGGCAGGAUUUUGUAGACUGUGGAUACCCAGCAUUGCCAGACAUGACAAAGCCGUUUGUCCUCUUCGUGGAUGAAUGGAGUGGGGUAGCUCGAGGAGUGCUGACCCAACAAUGGGGACCUUGGAAGAGACCUGUCACCUACUUGUCAAAAAAACUGGACCCAGUAAGUAGCGUAUUGCCUGCCUGUUUGAGAGUACUGGCGGCCGUGGCCCUCUUAGUUAAAGAUUCUGACAAACUUAUGCUGGGUCAAAAACUCACUGUGGUUGCUCCCCAUGCACUGGAGAGUGUAAUUCAGCAACCACCUGAAAGAUGGAUGUCGAACGCCAGAAUGACUCACUACCAAACCUUGCUCCUGAAUCACGAUCAUGUGGAAUUCGCCCCGCCCGCCAUCCUAAACCCGGCUACUCUUCUCCCUGACUUGGGGAAAGAAGUGCUUCACACCUGCCAGGAGACCCUGGCUGAAGAGACAGGGACCCACCGGGACCUACGAGAUCAGCCCCUAGAGGGACCGGGACUCCUGACCUGGUACACAGACGGAAGCAGUUACAUCAUGGGAGGUAAGAGGAUGGCGGGGGCUGCAGUAGUAGACGAUGACCGGAUCGUGUGAGCCAGCGGACUUCCAGUGGGCACUUCCGCACAGCAAGCAGAACUCGUUGCCCUGACCCAGGCUCUAAGGAUGGCUGAAGGUAAGAGACUCAAUGUCUACACUGACAGCCGAUACACUUUUGCCACUGCACAUAUACAUGGGGCUAUCUACAGACAGAGAGGGCUGUUGACUUCUGCUGGGAAAGAUAUCAAAAACAAACAGGAAAUUUUAGAUUUAUUAGAAGCCAUCCAUAGACCCAGGGAGGUAGCAAUAAUACAUUGCCCUGGACAUCAGAAAGAUGAAUCUCUAAUAGCUCGAGGGAACCAGAGAGUGGACCAAGCCACAAAAUAAGCAGCCCAGGGAAUGAACAUUGUACCCCUCUGGGUAUACCUGGAAGACACAUGUGCUAAAAGCUUCCAGUAUACACCCGAGGACCUCGCUCGGAUGGACAAGCUGGGGUUUCAAAAAUCCUCGCCCCUUGGAACAUACAAGUCAGGAAGUGGGAAGAAUAUUCUGCCCCAGAAAAAGGCAGGAAAAUACUUAAGGCAACUACAUCAGUUGACACAUUUGGGGGCCAGGAACCUAAUAGCCCUGGUUCGAAAGUCCCCUUAUCACGUCAUUGGCUUCGGAGAAAUGGCAGACGAGGUGGUGAGAAAUUGCCUUCCUUGCCAAUUGUUAAAUGUGAACAAACAUCAAGUAAUAUACGGAAAAAGGCUUCACGGGGAUCGACCAGGAGCUUACUGGGAAGUUGACUUCACUGAAAUUAAGCCUGCUAAGUAUGGACAUAAGUACCUCCUAGUCUUUUUAGAUACCUUUUCAGGAUGGACGGAAGCUUUCCCUACCAAGACCAAGACAGCUCAGAUGGUGUCCAAGAAGAUACUUGAAGAGAUAUUUCCAAGGUUUGGAAUCCCAAAGGUAAUCGGCUCUGAUAAUGGUUCUGCCUUCGUUGCCCAGGUGAGUCAGGGAUUGGCUAAGAUCCUGGGGACAGAUUGGAAAUUGCAUUGUGCAUACAGGCCCCAGAGCUCAGGACAGGUAGAAAGGAUGAACAGAACUUUAAAAGAGACCUUGACUAAAUUAUCCAUAGAGACUGGUUUAUGUGAUUGGUUAGUCCUCCUUCUCUUUGCCUUAUCUGGGUCAGGAACACCCCCGGCCGCUUUGGACUAACGCCCUUUGAGAUAAUGUUUGGGGCCCCGGCUCCGCUCCAAUCGGCUCAUCUUCAUACAUUUCCCAAAUGUGCAACUAAUAAGUUUCUGCUUGAAAGGUUACGGGCCUUGGAAGUUGUGCAGAAAGAAGUGUGGGCCUCCAUCAGGGAAGCCUAUUGGCCAGAGGACUUCUUAGUACCUCAUCAGUUCCGGGUGGGAGACCCUGUGUACAUGAGACGACACUGAACGGGAAACCUUGAGCCUCGGUGGAAAGGCCCCUUCAUUGUCCUCUUGACUACUCCCACAUCCGUGAAAGUGGAUGGCAUCUCCUCCUGGGUACAUGCUUCACAUCUGAAGAAAGCACGCCCGCCGGACCCGGACUGGGGAGUAACUUGGACUGAUAACCCACUUAAGCUUCAUUUGUGUAGAAAGAACCAUGUUAUUAGUGAUUCUGAUGCUCCUGCUACUUCCAAACCUCCAGAAACCCCAACCCCCAUGAACCCAGGUUGCUGACAUGGCAGGUUUACUCUCAGACAGGAGAGGCAGUGUGGUCUGUUUCUAAGGCUGCCCCCCUUAAGACCUGGUGGCCAUCCCUGGACCCCGAUGUUUGUGCCCUAGCUGCUGGAUUAGAUACCUGGGACAUACCUAAUAUACCCUGGAGACAGGCCCACCUAAUUCGACCACCAGACCAUGAUUAUUCUGCAGCCCAGAGCCAGGUUUCCUAUGAAGAUAGCAGGUGUAGUUAUCCCCAAGCCUGCAAUAGGAUAAAAACCACUACUUUCUAUGUCUGCCCCCGUGACGGACGAACCCACCAACAAGCCCGACAGUGUGGGGGCUUAGAAUCUUUUUAUUGUAGCUCUUGGGGCUGUGAGACUACAGGUAAUGCUUAUUGGAACCCCGUGUCCAGUUGGGACCUCCUUAAAGUAGUCCAGAACCACACAUCCCCUAACUGUGAGCAGACAGGGCUAUGCAACCCCUUAAAUAUCACGUUCAGUGAUAAAGGGUGCCAGUAUGAUGGGUGGGCCACUGGACGACAGUGGGGGCUCAGAUACUAUAAAUCUGGAUAUGACAAAGGCCUCAUAUUUACUAUCAGACUUAAAGUUGAGACCCUUCCGGCUGCCCGAGUAGGACCCAAUACUGUCCUAUGAGAUCAGCUGCGUCUCCCAACCCCAGCCCCGAAGCAGGCCCUAGUUCCACCAGUGGGCUCUGCCACCACUUCCUCCACCCCCACUCCUGACCAAGUAACCCCUUUUUCUGGCACCGGAAAACGCCUCCUCAACCUCGUUGAGGGGGCUUUCCGGGUUCUAAACACCACCAACCCUAAUACUACCGAAUCCUGUUGGUUAUGUUUUUCCUCUGGACCUCCUUAUUAUGAAGGGUUGGGGCUGUCGGGCAGUUUUAACAAUACAACCAGCCACGAAAUCUGUAGCUGGGGCAGCCACAAGAAGUUGACCCUGACUGAAGUGACUGGGAAAGAGAAGUGCCUAGGAACGGUCCCCUUGACUCAUAAGAAUCUGUGUAAUGAAACCAUAUCCAUAGCCUCCUCAGAUGAAAACAGAUAUCUAGUCCCUCCUCCCGAGGGAUGGUGGGCUUGUAAUACUGGACUGACCCCAUGUGUCUCCACCUCAGCCUUCAAUUCCUCCCAUGAUUUCUGUAUUAUGGUCCAACUAGUGCCUAAGCUGAUGUAUCAUGAUGAUCUCUCAUUUGUAACAGAAUUUGAACCCAGACAUAGAUAUAGAAGAGAACCAGUCUCCUUGACUCUAGCCGUAUUAUUAGGUGUAGGAGUUGCAGGUGGAGUAGGAAUGGGGACAGCCGCCAUUAUCCAAGGGAACCAAAAUUAUGAGGGACUGAGAGUAGCUAUUGAUGAAAACUUAAGGACCAUAGAACAAUCCAUCACUAAACUUGAAGAGUCCCUAACUUCCCUUUCUGAAGUAGUACUACAGAAUAGGCAAGGACUAGAUUUACUGUUCUUAAAAGAAGGAGGAUUGUGUGCAGCCCUGAAAGAAGAAUGCUGCUUUUAUGCAGACCAUUCUGGAAUAGUAAGAGAUUCAAUGUCUAAACUUAGAGAGAGAUUAGAUCAACAGAAGAGAGAGCGGGAGGCCAACCAAAGUCUAUUUGAAUCCUGGUUUACUCGGCCCCCAUGGCUUACAACCCUGAUAUCCACCCUGGCAGGGCCCUUGCUUAUUUUCAUAUUACUCCUCAUCUUAGGCCCCUGCAUUUUAAACUGGCUAAUAACCUUCGUUAGAGAAAGAGUAAGUGCUGUUCAGAUACUAAUGCUGAGACAACAAUAUCAUUCUCUCACACAGCAAGAAGAAACGAACAUUCCAUGAUUGUAAUGUCCAAAAAGAAAGUGGGGAAAUGUAGAAUCUAAGCAUUAAGUAGGAGUAGAAAUAAGUUGGCAUAAGAGUAGCCAUCUUAAGGGCCUAGAAGCCAUUUUCUGGCGUUCUUUGAAAAGAAAAACUGGAACUAAGUAAGGCCUAGAAAACAAGUUAAUCAAUCAUGAACACUGGCAGCGGUGACCUUUAGUCAGCUAACCUCAGUCAGUUAAUCAUACAUACCAAGCUUAUCUUGCUGAACCACCCUAACAUUCGAAGAGUGAUCUUAUCUUGCUCUUGCUAAAACCCCCAGGAUGAGGAUGUGGCACCAGCCGAAAAGUUAUGUGCUUGUGGAAAAACACUGUUAUGUGCUUGUGGAAAAAUACUGUCUCUUUGAAAAUGCUAUAUAAACCCCUGGCUUUGAGUGCUUGGGGUCCUUGUUGAAACCUGCUGCGUCGGGCUGACACUUGGACCCCAGCAAGCUGGCUCCUGAAUAAAGUCCUCUUGCUUGUUGCAUCAA